CACCCCUAUCUACUUUGACCCACUAGGCCGUAGGAGAACGAUUUCUCCGUCCAUACCCAUUCGAUUCUGCUAAUCGUCCCGUCUUUGUCGCGUAUUAUAUCACCCUUUAGCACCAUCCACUCUAUACAUACAGAUUGUAUUCUGAAUGUGCAUAAAAGCUUCGUAUCCUUCGUGUGUAGUGUAGGUGAACCGGCUGACGGAUAGUGGGGGUUGUGCGGCUUCCAACGUUCCAACGGAGAAGUUCAUUGCCUCUGUUCCUUGUACCGUAUAUUUGUUUCAUGACUAAAGACAGUAAUAGAUCUUCAUCAAGCAUUUGCCUACGAGAAUCAUCGCCAAUGAUAGUUCUAUUAAAGGUAUACGGAUUCGUGUUAAUUGUAAAAUCAUAAAACUUGAAAACUGAAAUAAACGGUGUACGGGGAACAGUUGUGUAUGUAUAAAUGUACUUAACAUAUACGGAUACGCAAAUAUCUCGUGUGUCGUCGGCGCGUUAUACACCACGUCGUAUUUCGAAUAUAAAAGGAAUACUAAUCUCUUAAGUAACAUCGAAAGUACAGCGAAUUAAAGAUAUGGCCCAAGUUCGAUAUACUCGUAAUUUAUUUUUACGUGGAGUGUGCAUCAUAUAUCUAUUCGCAUUCCUUAGUUUUUACAUACAAAUUCCAGGAUUGUACGGAGAUAAUGGAAUUUUACCAGCUAGAACUCAGUUAGAUCUGAAAAGUCGAACUCCCUUGCUUCAUAAAUUAAAACAGAAGCCCACAUUAUUAUGGUUUGCUCCUUAUCUUGGAUUGAAUGCAGAAUAUAUGUUAGAUAUAUUAUCGCUUUGUGGAGUUGCACUUUCGUUUGCAGGAUUUAUUUCACAAAGGUUUUGUACUUCAUUAGUUUUUGCAUUACUGUGGUCACUAUAUUUUUCUUUGUACCAAAUUGGGCAGAUAUUUAUGUGGUUUCAAUGGGAUGCCCUUCUGUUGGAAGCAGGAUUUCUGUGUAUACUCGUUGCACCGUUCUGGUAUUCUAAGCGUGCAAAAUUAAAUAAUAAACCCAGUGAUGCUGUGACAUUUUGGACUGUGAGAUGGCUACUUUUUCGAUUAAUGUUUUCCAGUGGUGUAGUGAAACUCACUUCUGGUUGUCCAAUAUGGUGGAAGUUAGAUGCUUUGAACGUACACUUUGAAUCACAGUGCAUACCUACUCCAUUAGCGUGGUAUGCGCAUCAUUUGCCAGCAUGGUUUUUACGCUGUACCACCGUUCUUGUGAAUAUCUUUGAACUCGUUAUUCCAUUUUUAUUUUUCUUUCCAAACAGAAAAGUGAGAAUAACUGCCUUUUAUACACAGAUGUUCCUUCAAAUACAUAUUAUAGCAACAGGAAACUAUAACUUCUUCAACUUUCUGACUAUCUGUCUAUGCAUUUCUUUGCUGGAUGAUCAAUUUUUUUACAAGAAAAAAUCUAAACACGAUUCCAACAGUAUUGUAAAAUAUCUCUCUACGAUAUUGUGCGUUUCAGUUUAUGCAGGCAUAUUGUAUGGGACAUAUGUGUAUUAUAAUCUUAAAAUUACGGAGAACUGGACGAUCCAAAGCAACAUCGCGUUCACGCAAGAACAAUUUGACUAUGUUCUGUCGCGUGCGAUUCCAAUAUCUAUCUACAUCGGCGUAGCAUCUCUUGGUUUCACCAUAGCGGAUGCAGUAGUCAAUUCUUUAAUAACAACGAAAGGUGCACGGAACAAAAUCAUUACGACGCUUGUUACGUGCCUGUACACGAUAGCAGUUUGUUACAUUUUUGCGAUAAGUACUGUACCAUAUGCUACACUCCACCAUUCUCAUAAUUCGACAAUACCAACUCAGUUAAGACAGAUUCAAGGGAAAGUCGAAUACCUUCGUCUGGUGAACAGUUACGGAUUGUUCAGACGCAUGACCGGAGUAGAUGGUAGACCGGAAGUGAUUAUUGAAGGAAGCAAUAACGUUGAUGGGCCGUGGAAGGAGUAUGAAUUUUUGUAUAAGCCAGGAAAUGUUAAUAACUCGUUGCCGUUUGUCGCUCCUCAUCAACCGCGUCUAGACUGGCAAAUGUGGUUUGCUGCAUUGGGCACGUAUCACCAAAAUCCAUGGCUAAUGUCGUUGGCUUAUCGUCUCUUGAGCGGUCAACCAGAAGUACUAGCUUUGAUGAACAACAUAGAAAGUCCGUUCCGUGAGAAACCACCGCAAUAUAUUAAAGCUAGUCUCUAUCGUUACCAUUAUACUCCGUGGAGCCAAUCGUGGAAUAAACAAGCAUGGUGGACGAGAGAAAAAGUUAAUGAAUAUUUUCCAAUAUUUAGUCACGAUCAUCCACCCCUUAUCGAGUAUUUGUCAAAGAUGAAAAUCAUUCAAGACAAGCCAGCUUUCAAAGUUACAAACGAACUACUGAAAUUACUUCUGGAUAGUAUCAGAUCGGUGGUCAGUAGAAUAGAAGCCAGUCUCCUUUUGUGGGGUGUUUUUACUGCAGGUUGCGCGAUUGUCAUGACUAGCUACAAUAAUUUAACUUUUAAGAAGAACUAAUUACACCUACGUAGUCUCUACAUGGUUAUUUCAAGUAACAGGAAGUAAUUAGUAAUAUGGAAUCCUGUACACCAUCGUCGAUACAGUGGGUGAGCAACAGGUAUGGCAAUUAACCGGGUGUACUGGUUAUGCAAAACAUUUUUUAAAUUAUGCAUACAAUUUAAUUCUAUGAACAUGCAAUGCUCUGGGCUUCUGUUCCCGUAUUGGCUAUAACUAUUUACACACAGAAAAUACUGUUAUAGGAAUAUUUUAUAAUAUACAGAAUAAAUACACUACAUUCAUUUCGUACUAGCCAGCUGGGGGAAAAAAUGUUUGAACUGAAUUCACGAGAUUACAUCUUUCGGUUUCUGUCAAAUCAGUUCUUGUGAUUUUUCACGUGAACAAUAGAACUGACGAAGUAUUACGAACUACAUCUCUGCUUGUUCGGUACCAUUUCAAGCUUUACAUGCAUUAAAUUGCUUAGGUCUUCGUUGUACCGAAAAAUACAUUUACUACUUUCACGACAUUCUACACUUUGUACAAGUUGAUUGCAAUUAUAGAUAUUAUUAAUUUAUCAUAAUUAUAAAUAAGACUAUUACU